GAAUAAACAGGAAGCGACGAGCGCUCGGCCGGGCCGGCACUGGCCUUGUCGCGGGGUCUGCUGCCCCGCACGGCCGCCAGGAGGCUUCCUCGGACCCCUGCGCGGUGCGCAGCCCGGAGUGGGGCUGGGGCGCGCCCUCUCCAGCUCCACGCUUGCGACCUCGGACCUCUCUGUCCGGUUGGGCGGAUUUCAAGCUCCGACAUCAGUCUUCCAGCCCUUUGAACGCAAAAGGAGAGGUGAAGUGCGGAGCGGCUGAUCAGACGCGGCGGGGCUGCCUGGGCGCUGUGACUGCCGAGGGUGCCGGCUGCCCCGGCGGCGGAAGAGGACCUCGUUCCGAGGUGGGGAGUAGGUCUCCGCGGGACAGCUUCUCCACGCCCCGGCUCGCCAUGGCCUCUACGCUCUGGCUGGACGGCUGACGGACUGUGUGCACCGCUGGACUGCGUGCCGUCCAGGUCCUGCCUGCUCGCAGGGCGCGGGAGCCGGGCACGCGGGCAUCCGAUGCUCCCCAGAGCCGGACUGGCAGAGCGAUGGACUUGCACAGGCUAAGAUGGAAGUGACCUGAGGCCUCGGCCAGGCGGGUCCCUCGCGAAGGACAGCUUGAGAGUCGGUGCACGGGCUUGUCUGGGGAGCAGUAUGCAGGAAGCUGGCUUUCAGGCCACAAAUGCUUUCACAGAGUGCAAAUUCACCUGCACCAGCGGUAAAUGCUUGUAUCUUGGUUCGCUGGUCUGUAACCAACAGAACGACUGUGGGGACAACAGUGAUGAAGAAAACUGUCUCCUGGUGACUGAGCAUCCACCUCCCGGCAUCUUCAACUCGGAACUGGAGUUUGCCCAGGUCAUCAUCAUUGUCGUGGUGGUCACGGUGAUGGUCGUGGUCAUCGUCUGCCUGCUGAAUCACUACAAAGUCUCCACGAGAUCCUUCAUCAACCGCCCAAGCCAGAGCAGGAGGCAGGAGGACGGGCUGCAGCCGGAAGGGUGCCUGUGGCCUUCAGACAGUGCCGUGCAACGGCCGGGGACCUCGGAGAUCAUGUAUGCCCCGCGGGCCAGGGACAGGUUCACUGCCCCGGCCUUCAUCCAGAGGGAUCGGUUCAGCCGCUUCCAGCCCACUUACCCAUAUGUGCAGCAAGAGAUCGACCUCCCUCCCACCAUCUCCCUGUCCGACGGUGAAGAGCCGCCUCCUUACCAGGGGCCCUGCACCCUGCAGCUCCGGGACCCUGAACAGCAGCUGGAACUCAACCGGGAGUCUGUGAGGGCCCCUCCCAACCGAACCAUAUUUGACAGUGAUUUGAUAGACAUCUCCAUGUACAACGGGGGCCCAUGCCCACCGAGCAGCAACUCGGGCAUCAGUGCAACCACGUGCAGCAGUCACGGGAGGCUAGAGGGGCCGCCCCCGCCCUACAGCGAGGUGGUGGGCCGCUGCCCGGGCGCCUCUUUCUUCCAUCACCAGCACGGCAGCAACACGCACAGGGGCAGCAGACUGCAGUUUCUGCAGAACAAUCCAGAGAGCACAAUAGAACCCACCAAAGGCAAGGACAGGAAGCCCGGGAACCUGGUCUGAUUGCUUCUGACAGUGCACUUGACUCGAGGACAAAGACACCGAGGCAGGAGGAGGCCGCGCGGGGCCCCUCCUGUGCACAGUGUUGUUCAGUUUUACGUGGUACAACUAAGUAAAACCAAAUGUGCAAACACGG